CCGCCCUCGCCUGCCCUCGCCAUGGGGGACUUCGAGUUUCCUGUGGCCCUUCGGUGGGAUCAGGGGCCCGAGAGGCUGAAGCAGGUGAAGAACAAGUUACUGACAUAUUUCCAGAGUAAGAGAAAGUCUGAUGGAGGGGAAUGCGUGAUCAAGAAGCUGGACUGCAGCGGGGGCCACAUCCUCAUUCACUUCAACCAGGAGACAGUACGCGAGCGCGUUCUCCAGAGAAGGAUCCAUGAGCUGGAGUUGCCUGACGGUGAGAAGCUGAUGCUGGAGGUGCGACGUCCGGACGCCGAUGCUUCAAAAACCAACGCGGUCCACACCGGUGUCCAGGAUCUUCCAGCGGACAGAAAAGCCACGGGAAGCCAGCAAGAUCCAGUUUCCGCAGCCGCAGAGGGAUCUCCUCGCGAAGCCGACGAGGAGAGGCAGGAACCCGCGUCUUCUUUGGUUCUAGUGGAAAACCUUCCGCCGUCCCACACGGAGCAAGUGCUAGGCCUUCUGUUGGAGAACGUCAGUAAUAAAGAGGCCGACCGAGACUUCCACGUGGAGAUGAUCCCGGAGAUCAGCUCUGCCGCGGUCACGUUCAUCUGUGACAUUGAUAUUGCAGAUUUCAUCCAAAAAUUUGCUGAGUGUAAGAGGGCGAUUCAGUAUAAACUGAGCGCAAAGGUUCUGGAAGAAACUAGAAGUAUCCGAGUGGAGCAUUUACCCCCAGAAACCACCGAGGAUCUACUAAUGAAUUACUUUGAGAGUUCGAAACACGGAGGAGGAAAAGUGGAAGAGGUCGUGCUGCUUCCCGAAGAAGGCGCUGCGUGCGUCACGUUUCUGGAUAAAAGAGUUGCUAGGAGGGUGCUGUCGGGACGGCAUGUGUUGGGGAAGACGCCGCUAUCGGUGUAUCCGUACAUCCAGACUCUGGCUAUAGCCCUGUAUGGGAAGAACGGGCCGCGCGUAACGGAACCCCUGCCCCUGGAGUUCCCUGUGAGUCCGUACAUCCUAGAAUUCAUCUUGAAAGACCCACAAAGAAAGCACAACGUAGAGGAAAAGAUGAAGACUCAGUACUGUGAGAUCACUUGGCCAGAUCUGAGCCAUUCAAACCCUGACAUUAAGCUGUGUAUUCCUAGAGACAUCGCCACCCGUCUCCGGACCCUGGCAAAGAUUGCCCCGACCUGGGAAGAUAGAGCUUCCAAUGUGUUCUCCAUGGAAAUGUCAAAGUUCAGAGUCACGGAGCAUGACGUGAAGGCAUCCGUGUGGGGAGCUAUCAAAGAGAAAGCCAUCGGCUCCGCGUAUUCUGGAGUCUUGAUCAAACCAAACUUGGAUAACGAGAAGGUCUUCGUUGCAGGGUAUUCCCAGGAUGUAAUAAAGACAGACGCGCCAUUCAAGAAUCUCCUUGAAAAUACCAUUAAGAAGAUGAACAGAGAAAACCAAAGUGUGACAACAGCCGAGCGACUUGCGCCAGCAUUAUACGAAAUCAUAUCGAGAAGCGAUCUGCUGGCAAACGUGGAAUCAGUCACUACGGACCUAAAGAUGAACUACGAUCCAUCAACAAAGACGCUGCAGCUCUGUGGACAAAAGGAAGACGUGCGCUAUGCCAAAAACGAAAUCCUCAAUUUAAAGCAACUUUUGAAAUCCAAACGAAUCCCCGUGGAUCCUCACGUGGCGCAGUUCCUACUCUGUGCCGACAGCGAAGAGAUGUCGUGCGUCCUGUUCACUCGACACAACAUUAACGCGAUGUACGAGCUCGACGAUGACAGAGUUAAAUUAUCCGGCUACUCCACCGAGGACCUGUCCAAGGCAGAAAAGAAAAUACAACAAGGGUUGGUCAGCAAGAAAGUCACCGUCGACGACAAGAGCGUCAUCCAAAAGCCAGAGUGGAGCCGCCUACAGGAAUCCUUAAAUAAUUCAUUCAACGCGGAGACGUGUAAAUUCCGCAUGGAGCAGUUCCCCGCAGGAGCAGAAAAUCAGGUGGUGAUCAGCGGGCUCUCUGCGGAGGUCCUGGAGACCUACGGCCAGAUCCAUGACUUUGUGGAGAAGAACACUGUGUCGGAGAAGGCGAUCGAGGUCCAGAAUGUGGCCGUCGUGCACUUUAUUAAAGAUGAAAAGAAGCGGCUCUGCCGGGAAGUAGAAGAGAUGAACGUGAAAAUGACUACGAAUCAGAGAACGAUUACUCUGACCGGUCCGAGAUCUUCUGUUGUUAAGGCGGCCGCCCAAAUACAAAGCGCUCUGUCCUCUCUGUCCACGGACACUCUGCGCAUCAACAAACCAGGAGCAAAGAAGUUUUGUGAGUCAAACGAAGGUGAGCUUGUAAGCAAAGCAAAAAACGACUUCAAGUGUUUGAUAUAUUUGCAGAAAGAUGGAGGAAAGGAGUUAUGGGAAAGUAACGCGAAUACGUGGGAUCCUCACUGCCAAGUAACCCUCGCUGACGGAGUCACCAUCGCCGUGUAUAAAGGUGACCUGAGCGGCCACCACGUCGACGCCGUCGUUAAUGCGGCCAAUGAAGACUUGAAGCAUAUCGGAGGACUGGCUCUGGCGUUAUUGAGAGCAUCAGGACCGAAACUACAAGCGGACAGCGAUCGGAUAGUGCGGGAAAACGGACAUCUGUCAGCCGGCGACGCGGUUGUCACCGAGGCCGGUAACUUGCCCUGUAAGCAGGUCAUACAUGCUGUUGGACCCAGAUGGAAUUCGUCGGCGGCGCUGAAAUGCGAGCGGCUUCUCCGGAAAGCGAUAGGCAGGAGUUUGGAACUGGCGACAGACGGAGGUCACGCUUCCAUCGCUAUUCCAGCUGUCAGCGCAGGGAUUUUUGGGUUUCCGUUAAAGCAAUGUGUGGAAAAUAUAAUAGAAUCCGUAAGGGAAUACCUGGAGGAUCACCGCCACGGAACCCGCCUGAAACGGAUACAUCUCGUGGACCCCACAGAACCAGUCAUUCAAGCCUUUGCCGAGGCUUUAAAAAAGCAGUUUGGAGAUCAAAACUCAGAGAAAACUGUGAAAAAUAAAGAAAAAAAAGAGGCUUCCAAAAGCGGAAAACAAAUAAAGAAGACGCUCAAUCAACUGACAACCAAGGAGGGUCUGACAAUCUCGCUGACCCGAGGAAACAUUGAAGACGUCGCGGCCGAUGUGAUCGUAAACAGUGUGGGGAAGGACCUUUAUCUUAAUAGCGGGGGAGCCUCCAAAGCUCUGUUUGUGAAGGCCGGGCAGAAACUGCAAGAAAAUCUUCACCAAGCGAGCCAGGGGGUCCCGGUGAAGAAAGGCUGCGUGUUUGUGACGGACGGCUGGGGGCUUUCCUGUAAGGCUGUUUUUCAUGCGGUGGUGCCACGUUGGGACGGACCAACAAGUUCUUCUGGGAAGGUUUUGGGGCAGAUCGUACACACCUGCCUGGACACCGCAGAGAAAAACCAAAUGAAAUCCAUCUCCUUCCCAGCGAUCGGAACGGGGGUCCUUGGGUUCCCGAAAGACAAGGCGGCUGCUUUCAUGUUUGAUGAAAUCCUCAGUUUUAGCAGCAAAAAUAAGGCUCAGUGUCUUCAAAGAGUUGACUUUGUGCUGCACCCGAGCGACACGGAUAGCUUCACGGCAUUCUCCAGUGAACUUGCGCAAAGGAUGGAUAUCAGACCCAGCCGAAAACUGAACCAAGGGGACAGUGCAGCCCCGUCUGGAGCCGUCGCUUCGCCUGCCCUUGGAGUCCAUGAAAUGAACAUUGGGCCGGUUGCCUUCCAAGUGAAGACCGGAGACAUAACCAAGGAAGAUGCGGAUAUUAUAGUCAAUUCAUCCAAUGACACGUUCACUCUCAGAUCAGGCGUCUCCAAGGCCAUCCUGGAAGCUGCCGGUCAGAGCGUCUAUGAUGAAUGCGUCACGCUCGGAUCUCAACCCCACAAGCGAUUCAUCCUGACGAAGGGCGGACGUCUUCGCUGCCAGAACAUCCUCCACGUUUGUCUCGGUCUUUUCAGCAACGAUAUUAAAGAAUGCGUUGUCGAAGCUCUGGAGGCGUGCGAGAAGCAGCAGGUCGCGUCCGUAGCCUUCCCGGCCAUAGGAACAGGUGUAGGAAACCUGUCUUCUUCUGCCGUUGCGGCUGCCAUGCUGGAUGCUGUGAGACACUUCGCCAACUCCAAGUCCCCCCCAUCGAUUCAGAAAGUGAAGGUCGUCAUUUUCCAGAAACAAAUGAUGGACGACUUCUAUGCCGUGAUGACGAAGGACGAAGGAAACGGCGCUCCAAAACCAUCCGUGUUCACCAGGUUUACGAAUUUUUUGACCUCUCUGUUUCCAAGUAACGAACCUUCGUCGAAAACAAACGUUUUUGAAUUAAAAGAAGACCUCGAACCGGCGAUUUUCCAUUUAUGCGGGGAAAGCCUGCCAACGGUCAGAAAGGCCACCUCUUGGCUCGAAGAUCUUAUAUUAAAAGAGCAGGAUGAGAACGUUAUAACGGACGAAUGCAUCGAGGACUUCGGCGACCAGGAGUGUCAGAGGCUGUGCGAGCUGCAGAAGGAACGCAACGUCGCCAUUUGUUUUCAGAAGUCUAAAAUAUCGGUGUCUGGUCUAUCCCGGGAUGUCUUGCAUUCGUCCAAAGAGAUCCAAGCCCUAAUAAAUGACAUCCGAGUUACGCAGACCCGGAGAAAGGAGGCCGAGCUCUGCAGCUCUCUGGUGGAGUGGAAAUACCAGGACAGCUCCGGCUUUACGCCGUUCGACAUCAUGACCAACAUGGAGCUGGAAAAGGCGAGCUUGGAGAACAGACAAAGUUUCCCCAUCCGUAUCGCGGGCAACAACUACACCGUAAACAUGGAGCUGAAAGUCGCCAGCGACAGCCAGGGAGGCCAAGUGAGACUCCAACGCGUUUCAAAAAUCGGACAAUACCUCGAGUUACCUUCACACUGGGACCCAAUGAAUGACGAUCAAGUUAAAACGGUUCAGCUCAGCCCCGCAUCGGCUGAAUUUGCAGACAUCCAGAAAGAAUUUGCAAAAACAUGCAACAUGAACAUAAUAAAGAUCGAGAGAAUACAGAACAGGGGCCUCUGGCUGGGCUACCAGACCAAGAAACAGAGCAUCGACACCAAAAACGGCACCGGAAAUAAUGAAAAGCGGCUGUUCCACGGGACGGACCCCGGCAAAGUGGCAACUAUCAAUCACAAUGGAUUUAACCGCAGCUACGCUGGAAUGAAUGCCGCUGCCUUUGGGAACGGAACCUAUUUUGCGGUGCAAGCGAUUUACUCCGCACACGACACGUACUCCAAGCCAGACGGCAACAGCCAGAAGUACAUGUACCUGGCGCGGGUGAUCACCGGGAUCUACUGUGCCGGGAGGGGGGGAAUGCUCGCCCCACCGCCCAAAAACGCCGCAAACCCGACAGACCUCCACGACAGCGUGACGGACAACCUGAGCCAGCCUUCCAUGUACGUCAUAUUCAACGACAUCCAGGCCUAUCCGGAAUACCUCAUCACCUUCCGGAAAUAACUGCCGGCCCUCCUGGCCUGCUACUGAUUAUAAUAAAUAUUUCACCCCCGUGGCCUUAUUGCAUGUCUGAGAUAAAGCAUGAAGCACAAAUAAAGCCACA